AUGAAACGGAACAACGGCGGCGCGGGGUUUAGACAGCGAUCAGAUCAUCAGUUGGUGACUGGAAAACCGCAAGCACCAACGAAAUCUGCUGCUGCUGCUGCUGCUGCUUCUUCCGGGGGAGUUGCGGCAAAGUUAGCGGCGUCGUCUUCUCAGCACCAUCAUCAUCAUCAGACGACUAAUCAUUUAACAUCAUCAUCAUCAUCACAAAGUAACAACAACGACGACGACUCCUCCUCCUCUCAAAAAGGAGGAAUGAAAAAUAAUCAGUCGUGGACGACGAAACACUGGCUCGGCGCGGUCCUCGUACCGGCCGUAUUUUUCUUGUCCGUGGUUUUAGUCUCAAACUCAAACUACGGGAAAUCCGUGGAGGAAGUCACGGCUUUGAUGGCAGAAAAAGAGACGUUAUCGGCGCAAGACGAAAACGCGAACGAGUUAGACCCGGAAGCGUCGACGGAGGAAAUCUCGUCCAGAGUGAACGCACCGACGGAAGAAGAGCAAGCGAUGGAGGAAAUAAGAUCCGCGCGGGAAUCGAACGAAAUGGAAGACGAACAGUCCGACGUGCCGCACGCGAACAGAGCGAGCGAUACGUGCGCGUAUUUCGAACAGCAAGCGAGUUUGCAAUACUUUUUCAAAAACAGGUGCGAUUUCGACGCGGAUGCAAAGUUGAUCAAUCCGGCGGAUAAUUCGGAAAAGCCAGGAAGAGUGAAGUUGGAGUUUAUCGCUUUGGCGAGUUACAUGGAAGGGUUCUCGUACAUUGAACAUAAACGGAUUUCGGAUAAGAAAGCGGCGGAGGCGUUGAAAAUUCGAGCCGAGGCGGAAACCGCGGCGAGCUAUUCCGAAGGUAAAGUGGACGACGAUCAGAGAGAUACGGAAGAGCACGUGUUGGAAGCAGCGAUUGCGCAAUCGCCUCCGCCGCCGAUGGGACCGCCGGAGGAGAUAGUUGAGGAAGCAGAAGAAGAGGUAGCCGAAGAAGGAGGAGGAGAAGAGGAAGAACAACAACAAGAACUGUCUGCGGAGGAGCAAAUUGCCGCAGCGGAGGAGCAAUUAGCGUACGAAAAAGAGAGGGAGGAGACACAGAUGAAAAAGAAAUGGCAAUUUUGGAAGAAAGCGGAUAAGAAAGUGCCGAGUUCGCGAGCCUCGGACUCGGAUUUGCUCGCCAUGGAGAUGAUGGAAAAAGCCGAAGAAGCGGCUGAACAAGAAGAACAAGAAGGAGGAGAAUCUCAAGAAGAAUCCGAGGAGGAAACGACGAUCAACCGCAGAAUGCUUUUGAAGAAGAAAGGAAAAGAGGGAAAAGAGCAAAAUGCACCGAAUCAAGCGACCAUCAACCAAGCGGAACCGAACGCCAUGGUUGGACCGAAACCGUAUAAAGCCAUCGUAAUUGGACAAAAACAAGCGGCGUUUGGUUUACUCAUCGCUAGAUCGUUCAAAACGUUACAAAUGCCCGCGGUGACAGAAAUUUACGAGGGUGAGCCGAAAUCUUUUGAACGAGUGGUUGAAAUGACGGAACAUGAAGCGAAGGAAGCCGGUGCCGGCGAUGUUCGAGUCAAGCAAGAAGUCAUCGGAAACAAAAACGGCAUGCACGAAAUUGAACUUUCAAAGUCAAAAGACGACGCGAGAAAAGGAUUGACGAACCGCAGAACGAUGUCCGUCCCGAUGAUUACCGGCGACUCGUUGAUUGCAAACACGAAGCACGAGGAGAAAACGAUCGUUUUACACAUGGGCGAAGAGCACGUGGAUGAAGUUAUCAAAGGUUUCCAAAAGACGUUGAACCACGGAGGACGCAUCGGCGGCCCAGUCUCCACCCCUCGCAUCGUCUUCUUCCGCGCGAAAAAGUUGAAAGAAGCCUCGGAAGCGUUUAAAGGAUUACCGUUUCAAGUGUUCAUUGUCGGCAAACCGCGCGAUGAAACGUCCUCGUCGGGUCGUCCGUUUUUGAUGCGCAUUGACGGCGUUCGAUACAACGAGCACUUAGAUUCGAUUAAAGACGACAUGACCUAUUUAGUUAUGGCGUUGCAUCACAACGACCCGUACAUCGACGUCGCGUUUAGCGAAGGCGCGACAGUGUGCGACGCCAAAUGCAACUGUUUCACCUCCUCGACGUUUAGACAAGCCGCGCCGGUAUGCUCGGGGCACACCGCGCACUUGGAGUCUUACAAAGACCACACGUGGACGGGACCGAAAAACAAAGCCAAGAUUCGUCACGCGCACUUGUUUGGCUCCGACGGCCAUGGCGGUCAAAUGCGAGUCCAACAAAACGUCGAAUCUGCGGUUUUAAAUCGAUUAGAUAACUUUUUGAACAAAGACUUGCCUUCUUUAGAAACUGUCGACAACCGCGACUGGAUCUCCGAAGGUAUGCAACAAGCGGAAGACGAAGCGAACGGCGUCGGAGAGUUCGCGCCAAAAGUCAAAGGUAAGAAGAAAAAGAAGAAAUACGAAGAGGAAUUCACGAACGAGUAUUUGAUGAAAAAUCCGUUGCGUUCGUCCGGGUACUCUUGGACCGGUGGAAACGGAUUCGCCGGGGCCGGGGGCAGCACCAUAGAAAAAGACGUUCGCGAGGUAGAUUUCCGUAAGAAAAGUAAGCAAAAGAAUUCCAAACAUAUUAAUUAA